AAACAAACCAGCUAUGAGAACGUACUCAGCUGAGUUGAUGUUAUUGCAAUAGUUUAAAAUGUCUGCAAUAUAUUUUACUGCUGUGUUAGCCGUCAACUUAUUUCUGUCGUUUGGCCUUAAAGUUGAUAUGACCAGAGAACACUUUUACCAUGGAAAAAGUUUAUUUUGUGCACAACUCCAGUGUACAGAAAACAUAACAGAAGACACUCAGAUGUCAGCUCUUGUCAACAUGUCAGUCUAUAGGAUCAGUGAAAAUGAAGGGAAGAUUUUGUUAGCGUCUAUUUCAGGAUCUGAUUCAAAGGUUUGCGAUUAUAAAAUAUCUGGGAUAUUAUCAGAGGGCAAACUAUCCAAACAUCACGGAGAACUGGUCUUGUCUUUCUCCAAUACUUCAGCCUGUAAUUUACACCAGUAUAAAUGUCAAGUAUAUUUUACCAAUAAGACAGGAGACAUGGCAAUGCUAGAGAAAAGAACAACGUCUUAUGAAAGAGAGAAAAUCAAGAAAUCUGUUUUGUUGCUGAAUUUGAAAGCUGAAACUUUGAACUACUUGAAAACUGUGGACACAAUGGCCGACUUUCUGAAAUCCUUUAAAGAUCCAGAAAAACUAAAAGGUGCAGACAUGUCAAUGUCCUUACAGAUGUCACAUUCUGGUAGAGAUAGGUACAGUUACGACACGGCACAGGUUCCAUCAUCUACAGAGUUAAACAACAGUAACAAACACAUCAGCUCUACUAAUGCUGUAGAUGUGCUUGAUGCAAAGAUAAAUAACAUCACGCUACAAAAAGCAGUGAAUGACAGACUUAGAGAAAUCGACGUGCUUGGUGCUAAGAUAAAUAACAUCACAGAUCACAUGCAAACAGUGAAUGACAAACUUAGAGCUAUAGACGUAAAACUUAACGAGACAAUCACAUUGAACAACCAAACAAACCGAAUGAUAGAAGCUUUAAACACAACUAUACAAGAUGAAAAACGACUACAACGUCAAUCCUGUGUUGUCACGGAUGAGACUUCAGGUUUUUGUUUUAUUUCACCAAAAAUAUUAAGUGAACUAGCACUGUUAAGUAGAAUUAAAUCAACCAAUAUACAAUUAACAAAUCAUUAA